AUGCCGCCAGGUCCAGCGGCAGAUACAGCUUCAUUGCUGUCGCGAGGCAGCUCAUCUGGUGGGGGCAGAGCUGGCAUUCCCAAGGGCACCACAUUCACCCUCGAUAACUUCUCAAGCAAGGACUUCAUAGUCAAAGACUUCAUCGAAGCGUUGUCCGACAGCGCGAUCCCUGCGAGUCGCCGAUCAGCUCCCUCCAGCCAGCAAGCAGCCUUUGACCCUAAGCCUCUCAUUCGCACCUUCGAACAUGCAUUGUCGCGCUUAAGUGCCCUAUCCGAAGAGCUAGAAUCACAUGAGAAUGAACUGUCGAGCUCCGUCCGUCGCGCGGAGGCACAGCAUCACCAGAGUGUCCAGUCGCUGGGUCGCAAGCUAGAUCAAGCAUUCAGGUCAUUCGAACGGUUAGACAGCUCAUUGAACGGCGGAACUGGGGACGGAGAUGGCGAUGCUGGCGGUAAUGUGGCUGUCAGGAUUGGCGAACGGUUGGAAGAGCUAGACCGGCAGCGACAACGGGCACAAGACGCAAAGUUCCUCAUACAAUGCUGGAUGGAAGUCAGCGAAAAGGGCAAUCUGUCGAGUCUAGAAGAUGUCCGAAGAUUGGGUGGAGGAGACGGCAAAGUUCGAUGCGCGCACAUUGCCAGACAGCUUUUACGACUUAGUCAUAGGCUUGAGGCCGACGACUCAGCAGAAGUCAAUGGAAGCCGAGCGGUAAACGGAGUAAACGGUGUGCGUAACGGAAACAAUCGGAGCAGAUAUCAGGCCAGAGAGGUUAUCGAGAAAUUCCUGGAGUCACUCGAAAAGGAUCUCCUGAAGCAGUUUGAUGAGUUCUACCGCAAGCAGAACUUUGACGGCAUGAGAGAAUGCGCUAUCGCUCUACGUGGUUUCAACGAGGGCGCAAGCGUAAUGGCAGUAUUUGUCAAUCAACAUCAGUUCUUUAUCGACAAGAGUCAACUGGUGGUUGAAGAGGUCGCUGAGGAUGGCGAAACCUGGGAUCGAUUAGCGGAUCCCGACACUGAACCGCCGGGUGUCGAGCCUAGCCUUCAGAAUCUAGUUGAUGAAGUCAAGCUCGUGGUUCAGCAGGAGUCCUUCUUCAUUAAGAGGGCAUUUCCCUACUACGACGAAGUGCUACAGCGGUUUUUACAAAGAAUCUUCCAGCAAUCUAUUCAACAACGUCUGGAGAUGGUGCUGGAUAAGGCGAACUCCAUAUCUUCCUUGGCAUUCCUCAGGUCACUGCAGGCCGCACGAAGCUACAUUGGCGCCCUCGUCGAUGAUUUGAAGUCUCAUGGUUUGACCGAGCACCCUGAGCCCGUGUCGUCCCAGAUUGCGGCUACACUCGACCAGCAAUUGGACGACCUGUUCGUACCUUAUUUCGUUGGCUCAUCCUACAUAGAACGAGAGAAGAGAAACCUAGACGAACUAUAUUCAUCUUUGCUCUUCAAGUUCACCAUCUACCACUCUCGCAGACAAAAAGUACCGACCACUUACCUUGCUUCCCUAGGGAAACGAGGCCGAGAAAUGAUCGCCUCAGCUCGAGACGCCUACAUGGAACGGCUAGACUCUUCAGAUCUGCCAGCGUCGCAGAAAGCAAUGCUCAUCCGCAUCGCCGGCCUCAAAGACAGCGACAGCGACAAAAGCAAAGGCGAGAUCGACGUCACAGAGGAAGACGGCAAGCUUUCCCUCCCCAACGCCAAGCGAAUGCUCAAAUGGCUCGCUGAGGGCGUCGGCCGUGGUCUCGAGCUCGGCGGCGGCGCAGAGACGCCCAAAGACGUGCAGGCGCUGCUCGGGCUACUGCUUACCCACAUGGGCGAGAUCUACCUUGAGACGGCGCUCGACGGCGCAUCUGAACUCGCCGCCUCGCAGGAGUCUUCAAAGACAGAACCGGACUUGACAUACCUCGCCUCCCUGCGCACCGCAAUCAGCAUCCUGCACCUCCUCCAAACAUCCACCCAAACAGUCCUCCUGCCCCUCGCAUCCUCGAACUUAACCAUCCGCCGCGAGAUCGAAAAAGCCGUGGCCCUGACCCUAGCGACCCUGGAGUCCAAGAUCAGCACAAUCCUUCACCGCACCCUCGACGCCGCGUUGGCGUGGGUAUCCCGCCUGCUGGCCGCGCAGAAGAAAUCGGACUUCCGCCCCCGUGACGACGACCUCAUCGCCCUGGGCACCGAAACACCGACCGCGCUUUCCGUCUCAGCGUUCCUGGCCCGCGUCGCUGGGAUUGCGUCAUCUGCGCUCUCGGGGCAGAACCUCGUGCUCUUCCUUACGGAACUCGCCUCUGGACUGCGCAUGGCGCUGCUGGAGCAUUUCCGGCGGUUCAGCGUCAGUUUGGCGGGUGGGCUGGUGGUUAGUAAGGACGUGACCAAGUAUGUGGAGUUGGUAAGGGGGUGGUCUGUUAGCGAGGAGUUUGGGAGGGAGGGUGGCAUGGAGGUGCUGGUUGAGGUGGCGAAUCUGUUUGUUAUUGGGCCGGAGGCGCUGAGAGAGAGACUGAGGAAUGCGAGAGAGGGGAGGGAGUUGAGGAGCUAUGUGUUGAGAAGGGAGGAUGCCGGGAGUGUGGGCGUGCAGGCGGUGCUGAGCUCGUUGUAG